GGGGUAAUAUGUUUUAGGUUAUGUAUAUGUAAUAAUUAGGUAAUAAGUUAGGUUAGGUUAUGCUAAAGAUAAUAGGCCGCAAUAUAAGUAAAUUCAUUUGUUAAUGUUGGAUACAUUAAGAUGGAUAUGUUUAGGGACUAGAUUCAUGGUUUAUAAUUUGUUUUUGGUUCUUCAAUAAUUGCCAUUGUUCUUUGUAAAUAAUGCUUGAGCCGAUCCGUCAUUUGCUUGACAACUUUCACAUCAUUUUAGCCAGUUCUUCACCAAGAAGAAGUGAACUGCUGACAAAUCUGGGUUUGAAAUUUGAUGUCAUUCCAUCACAUUUCGAAGAAGAUCUUGAUCCCAAGUCUUUUCCGAACUAUGGAAAUUUCGCAGCUGAAACGGCUCACCAGAAGGUUUUGGAUAUCUCUCGAAGGAUUCCUCCAGACGUGUCCAGACCUCAGCUGAUUGUUGGUGCUGAUACAAUUGUAACACUCGACGGCAAAAUGUUCGGCAAACCGAAAAAUCAGGACGAAGCCUUCAACUAUUUGAGCGAAUUGAAUAAUCGUACACAUACAGUAUACACGGGAGUGGCUUUGAAAUCUGCAGAGCUCGAAAUGAAAUUUCAUACCUGUGCAAACGUCAGUAUGGCGAAGUUGAGUGAAGAAGUUAUCAAAGCAUACAUCAACACUGGAGAACCUAUUGAAGGCAUCCGCACAGCUUGGGUAUGGCUGAGAGGCUGAGAGCUGACAGUCCGUCCACAGCAGCAGCAGCAGCAGCAGCAGCAGCAGCACACCUACAGUCCUACAAAACAAUCCUGCUCAGCUCGGAGAAGAGUGUAGUGUGUAGGCCUAGGCCGGAACCCAGUGGGAUGCAACCUACAACCCACAUCACACUUCAUUCAAUUGGAACAGACUGUCUCACUCCAUCAACUUACUCAAAUUCAACAUGAAACAAGAGUAUAAUGUAAUUCAUUUACAACAUUUCCCAGAUGCCAAUACAGUACUAUCUUUUCCCACCAA